AUUGAGAAAGAAGAGGAUUGGAAGGCCGGGAGUAUAAAGCCGCGCAGAGAGCGUGAAACAAAGCAGUCAGAAAGGAUUGGACUUGGGAGGCGCGGUGUGGAGUCAGGCAUAAAACUUGUUGGAGAGGAGUAACGAGCCUGUUCCUCGCGCUCUCUCCUCUGCCUCUGCACUUCACCGGGUUCCCACCAGCCUUGCUCUAUUUUUAUACCUGCUUUUUAUAGACAGAGGAAUAUAUAUAUAUAUAUAUUUUCUUCUUCUUACGAGAAAAUUCCUGUUCCAAGAGAAAAUAAGGCAACAUCAAUGAAGGAGAGAAGAGCCAGCCAGAAAUUAUCCAGUAAAUCUAUCAUGGAUCCUAAUCAGAAUGUGAAAUGCAAGAUAGUAGUGGUGGGGGACAGUCAAUGUGGCAAAACCGCGUUGCUGCACGUCUUCGCCAAGGACUGCUUCCCCGAGAAUUACGUUCCUACAGUGUUUGAAAAUUACACGGCCAGUUUUGAAAUCGACACACAAAGAAUAGAGUUGAGCCUGUGGGACACUUCGGGUUCUCCUUACUAUGACAAUGUCCGUCCCCUCUCUUACCCAGACUCGGAUGCUGUGCUGAUCUGCUUUGACAUCAGUAGACCAGAGACUCUGGACAGUGUCCUGAAAAAGUGGAAAGGUGAAAUCCAGGAGUUUUGUCCUAAUACCAAAAUGCUGUUGGUUGGCUGCAAAUCUGAUCUUCGGACAGAUGUUAGUACAUUAGUUGAGCUCUCAAAUCACAGGCAGACCCCGGUGUCGUAUGACCAGGGGGCAAAUAUGGCCAAACAGAUUGGAGCAGCUACUUACAUCGAAUGCUCAGCUUUACAGUCAGAAAAUAGUGUCAGAGACAUUUUUCACGUUGCCACCUUGGCAUGUGUAAAUAAGACAAAUAAAAACGUUAAGCGGAACAAAUCACAAAGGGCCACAAAGCGGAUUUCACACAUGCCUAGCAGACCAGAACUCUCGGCAGUUGCUACGGACUUACGAAAGGACAAAGCCAAGAGCUGCACUGUGAUGUGAAUCUUUCGUUAUCUUUAAUGAGGACAAGGGAAUCUGGUGUAAAAAACAACAGCCAAGCAAAAAGGUGAAGUCUGAAUGAAGUACACAGCCAAAGUCACGUACACCCCAGACUUAGGAAGCAUUUGAAAGGAUGCUCAUCUUUUUGGAAUCCUGUACUUAGGUUUGGCACGUAGACCAAGUUGUGAGAAGUGAAUACAUGGAAAAAUUUUGAGGUCGACUUGAAAAAUAUGCCAAAAAGAGAGAGAGAAAUAAAUGAGCUAGAGGAAGAUGAGGAGGACUGCAAGUACCUCCAAGAAGAAAAACUGUACUCUGAGUGGUGCUUGCGUUUUUGUUUUUAGGGUGUUUUUUUUUUUUUUUUGGUUUGUUGUUGUUGUUACAAUCUAUUCACGGAUCGCUACUUUGAUUUAAUUUCUGAAUGUUUUAAUCUCCUUUGCAAAAAGAAUAUAUUAAUAUACCAUCCUCAUUGGGAACUGGCACUGUGACCUUAGCAUUUAGUUUUCUAGAGGAUGUGAUCUAAUUUCUUUCUAGCUCAUCAUUAAAAUGGAAAUUGUAUCAGGACCCACGGGGAUAUCCAGAGGAAAACUUUGUGAGGCUUCGGAAACCUGGCUUUCUUGAAGAUAGCUAAACAAGAUGGUUCUAAAGAAAGGCUUUUGCAGUCUCGCGAGAUUUGUAGACCAGCACUGCAAAGAUCACAUAGAUCAAAUAGAAAAAAUAUUGAUUUUUUUAUUCAGUCUGAUGGUUCUGUUCAUCAUUGUGAUUGUCAUUAAAAAGUGGUAAAUUGCUCAAUGUAAUAUUUUUGUGUGCUGUUUAGAAAAGAAAGUAUGUGAUAUUUUUUGCCAUCGUUGAUAAAAAAUGCAAAGUCAAAUGAACGGUGUCUUGGUUUGAUGUCAUAGAAUGAUCCAAGGAGAGAAAAAAAAUAAUGUAGGUACUAUUUUCGCCAGAAGAGGUAAUGAAUGAAGGAAUAGUAGCAGAAAGCACAGUUUGUGAGUAAAGUUGUCUGGAAUUAAGUUACCAAAAAUGCGAAACAAAAGGAUUGUUAUAGGGGCUGAAGCUCCCAAACCGGCAGCACCUACUGAUGUGUUGGUUUAUUUCACUUUCUUUAAAUGAACAUUAAUCAGAGGAAGUCCCACUUAGACAAGCUUUAGAGAAUCCACAGUGGAAACUUAAAUAAUUGCAGUCCUAACACAGUACUAGGACAUUUCUAGAGAAUGAUUGCCAAACCUCACUUAACCAGAUCCAGCCAAGGACCAUGUCAACACUUGAUCGCUGUUGUUACAUAAAAUAAUCAGCAUUUAAAAUAGUUUACAGAUUUCUUUUGACCGGUUCCUUUCAGAUUCUUACAGAGAAGAAACUAGAUCUGACCUGUUUAUUGUUGGCGCUUGUUGAAAACGAGCUUUCUUUCCAAGAUAAUGCUUCAUUUUUGAAGUGUUAAAGCUGUGCUCCCAUUAAAUUGUGGCAGAAGGAGAGAUUAAGGUAAUUACAACACUCAGUUCUAUGUCUUAUAAGCACUUUGUUUUUGUCUCUGCAAGAAAAUACCAUUCCAGCCAUUUCCCAUGAAAUACAGACAUUUUACCAACAUAAUAUGCUUUUAUUGACGCAGCAUUAUGCUUUGGGCAGUAUUACAAAAUCGCUGGCAAGUGCUUUCUGUAUUUAAAUAUUGUAAAAAGAAAAUAAGUUAUAACUGUUAUAAAGCAAAACUUUUGUUGCAUUUUUUUUAAAAUGUUGAAGUCACUUUGUAUGUUUUGUCAAUGUUUUCGCAGUAUUUAUUAAAACAUACUUUUUUUCCUUCAAAUAAAAAAGUAACCAUGUCUUUGUCUAAA